AUGUCACUGUUGUUGCGCACUUUGAAAUUCGCAGGAAGGGGACGGAAAGACAGCAAGGAGAAGAAGAACAAAGGCAAAAAGGACAAGCCCAAGCCCAAGAGCAAGAACGAUCUCGCGCUCAGGAACAGCCAGAGCUGCAUUGAAAUGGGCGGCAGCGCAACCACAGGCAUUGCCGUCUGUACCCCCGACGGCACGGGCGACGAAAGCGACACAGACUUCUUCACGAUGCUUAAAGAAGACCCCCCUGUACGCCCAAGAAUACCCCGGGGCUCAAGCACUCCCAGCCCCCGCUUCUCAAGGAGGUGGGCCAGUGACGACGACGUCCUGGUCAAUCAUCAUAUGCCCAAGAACAGCUCAACUCUCAGCACCCACCACUCCAACACCACCACCACCACCAACAACAACAACAACAACACACUCGAGCCCAUCGGAACACCAAAGACCCGUUCCAGGAGCAGCUCCACCGGCAGCCGCUUCAGGGCAAUGUCGUCGGGUGGUUCAGGCACCUUUCGCGCCAUGGCACUGCGUGCGGUGUCUCCAUUUGAGGGGAGUGGUAGCAAACCAACGCACACCACCACAGGCACAGGCACAGGCACAGACCACUCACCCAGCCCACCCCCCACACACCACUCGGCACAACUGCACCACGCCAGCUCAGACGGCUCACCACGCGCACACCCCCACACCAUCACACAACCCCAGGGCAAAACCAUGCACACGCACGCUCGCACACACGCACAAGCGUCUCGCCAGACAACAAACCUGCAGGCGUUCUCGUGGGCUGAAUUUCUGGAGAAGGUCACAGACCCUGCACACGCCACCAACAACCACGCCACAAGUGUACCAUUCAGAGACACACACGCACACGCACGCCGAUACACCGAGGGUAGCGCAGUCAGCAACAACAACAACAACAACAGCGCCAACGGUGCAGCCUCACCGCACACGACACGCCACACCGUGUCUGGCGACACACGCAGUGGCGUUGCUGCGCUGCGUGACCCGCAUUCACUGCCAACGCUGACAGCGCCUGCGCUGGAUGCGCCGCGAUCAUUGCCUGCGAUUGGCGUAGAGAGAGACCCCAUGCUAUGCAAGGGCAGCGUGGUGCUGGCAAAAUUUGCAAAUCUCCGUAGCGACGGAGACACUACUCCGACCGAAUCAGAAGCACAGAUCAUCAGCCAUCCACGCAUGGGCGUCACCACGGCUCAACGCGCUCUUGUGCAGAAAACCUGGACAACGGUAUGA